AUGAACAAGAUCCUCAUCCUCGACGGUGGCCUCGGUACAUCCCUCGAGCAGACGUACAAUGUGAAAUUCUCACGGGAUACGCCACUAUGGUCAUCCCACCUCCUGGUAGCAGACCAGGAAACGCUUCUCGCGUGCCAGCGCGAUUUUGGCCAGGUCCCGGUCGACAUCAUCCUCACAGCAACGUACCAGGUCUCAGCGGGGGGGUUCGCAGCCACACGGACAUCAGAGCAUCCUCGGGGUAUCACUGAGGAAUUGACAAUGGCCAGAUACAUCGACGACGCCGUUUCCAUUGCGGAGAGGGCGAAGCAGCCCGACUCCCGUGUGGCGCUGAGUAUCGGCCCCUACGGUGCAUGCAUGACGCCUAGUCAGGAGUACAGCGGCGCAUACGACAUUUCGUCCGAGCAGGUCGACGCGUGGCACCGCGAGCGGAUGGACCUGUUUGCUCGUGCCGUUGGCAACAUCCAGAAGCGCAUAGCCUUUGUGGCACUGGAGACUAUCCCGCGGGCCGACGAGAUCCGCAGCAUGCGCAGGGCCCUCGCCCGUCCGCUGGGCAGCGUCCCGUUCUGGAUGUCGUGUCUUUUUCCCGGGGAGAGCGACACCCUGCCCGACGGGACGUCGGUCAAGGAUGCUGUGAGGGCCAUGCUAGAUCCCAACGACGGUCCCCAGCCGUGGGGCGUCGGGAUCAAUUGCACCAAGACGCGGAAGCUGGACAGGCUUCUGCGCCGGUACGAGUCAACAGUGGAGGCCUUGGUGAGUGAGGGGGUCAUCACCUCCUGGCCGGCCCUGGUGUUGUAUCCCGAUGGUACGAAUGGCGAGGUGUACAAUACGUCUACGCAGCAGUGGGAGAUGCCCGAUGAUGGUGCACCGUCCGAGCCCCGCGAGUCCUGGGAGACACAGGUUUCUUAUGCUGUGAGGGAUACGCUAGACAGGGGAUCGUGGUCUCAGGUCGUCGUUGGUGGGUGUUGUAUGGCUUCUUAUCAUGAUAUUGGGAGGCUACGACUCGCUCUGUCAUCUCUAAAGCUUUGA